GUUUUAACAAAGAGAGUUUUGAGAUUACUUCUGGUUUUGGGAUUCUUAUCUCUAAGAGAAACUUAACUUUUUUUAUAUACACAAAACCCUAAAGUCCUUAACACCAUCUCUAUAUUAAUCGUCUUCUUGGCCGUCUCGAUAUUUCACAACUCUUGUGAGUUUCAGUUAUGUUUCUUAGAUUACAGUCACGUUUUAGUGUUUACAAAAGAAGGAGAAAAACAGAGGUCAUGAGAAAAGGAAAUGAAGAAAAGAAUUACCGUGAAGAAGAAUAUUUGCAACUUCCUCUGGAUCUCAUUGUGGAGAUACUAAAGAAACUCCCGGGAAAGUCACUUGUGAUCGGUUCCGAUGCGUCUCAAAGCAAUUGUCAACGAUUAUCUGCAGCUGAAGAGGAAGAGACCAUCGAGUCGGUCGUUACUCGAUCUUUAGCUCAGCCGGGGCAGCAGCUUCCCCUGUUGGUCUUCCACCAUUGUGUGCCUGAAACUUUCUUCACUGUCUCGUCUAGUUUCUCUCAAAGCCUCAAACCCGCAGUAUCAGUCUAUGGACACGACAAGUAUCCGUUCAAGUAUCAAUACGUCAGAGGCUUGAUCUGUUGUUAUUCGAUUUUUUCUAAAUUGGUUAGGAUAUACAACCCUACAACGAGACAAUCCGUUGGUUUACCCGAGAUCGGAGCCCCAGAGACAGAGUUCCAGAAAUGUAACUGUCUUUUUGGAUACGACCCUGUCAUGGAUCAAUACAAAGUGUUGUCCAUGGUUAUUGAUUUUCGAGAGCUUACGCAAACUUUUCAUGUUUACACAUUGGGACAGAGUCAAUCUUGGAGGAGAAUCCAAGGCAUUGAUGAUGCCAUGAUGGGAAACUUUUUCCAAGCGCCAAGGGGGUUUGCGUCGAUGGGACUAUCUACUACGGAGCAACUAGAUUUAUGA